CUUCUCCUCCACCUCCUCGUCCCUCUCCUCUUAAUAAUAUCUCCUCCUCUACCUCUCACCUUCUCUGCAUCCUUCUCUCUCUCUCUCAUUCUCUUUCCUUCUGUUUAGGAAGAUGAGACUUUGUGGUACGGAUUGAGAUUCCUUAGUGUCCUCCCAUAUAUCUUCUUCUCUCCUUCAAAGCCAGCCAAGAAAGUGAAGAUGUCGCGCUGCUGCUCUCAGUGCGGCAACAACGGCCACAAUUCCCGCACAUGCGCCGAGGCCUCCGCCGGCGACGGUGUUGGGUUCAUGCUGUUCGGUGUACGAGUCACCGAAGGUUCCAACUCCAACUCUAACAACAACAACAACAACAACAACAGCAGCAACUCCAUGCGUAAGGUCGUCAGUAUGAACAACCUCUCCCAAUACGAUCAGCCUCACGACCCUAACGCCGAUUUCGCCUCUGGUUACGCCUCAGACGACGUCGUCCACUCCUCCGCCGGCCACCGCGAGCGCAAGAGAGGAGUUCCAUGGACGGAGGAAGAACACAGGCUUUUCCUAUUAGGUUUGCAGAAGGUCGGGAAAGGAGACUGGAGAGGUAUCUCUAGAAACUUCGUCAAGACUCGUACGCCUACUCAGGUCGCUAGCCAUGCCCAGAAGUACUUCCUCCGGCGAAGUAAUCUCAACCGGAGACGCCGCCGAUCUAGUCUCUUUGACAUGACCCCCGAUACGUUCAUGCGAUCGGGUAGUGAAGAAGAACAAGUCAUCCAGGAGAACACAACUCAGGCAGACUUCCCACCGCCGCCGGCGAUAAACUGCAACUUGGGAUUUCCGGUACCAGCAUAUCCAAUAACGGUUACUCCGGCCAACUACGAUACCGAUAUGAUGGAGAAUUUAACCCUGGGACAACCAGACCAAACGAAUGAAUCGUCAUCGACGAAGCUAGUCCGUCCGACACCUCUGCUACCAAUCCCACCCUCAUCAAGGAUGGCGGAUCUUAAUCUGAACCAGAAAUCCCCCAUAGAUCCUUCCCCACUUUCUCUCAAGCUCUCCACAUCACCCGAUCAGCAGCAGCAGCAGCAGCAGCCGUCGUCAAGGCACUCUGCUUUUCAGGCCAUGCCAAGCUUUAACGCCGGCGAUCUUGAUUCCAAUGGCGGAAGCAUAAUCAGUGUUGCCUGAGAAUAAAUAAUGUUAUCUUGUAUGAAAAGUGGGGGAAAAAAAGAAAUAAUUAAGAACAAUCAAAAUUUGAAAGUGGGGAAUUGGUGGGGAUAAGGUAUCAAUUCAGAUUAGAUUAGAUUAGAUUAAGAUUAGAUCAGAUCAGAUUAGGUGAUUCCAUAGUUGUUGUACAGUGUUGUUGGGGGAGAUUGAGGAGGUGGGUGAUUCAUGACUUGAUGAUGUUGUUUAAUGGUGUUUGUUUGUUUGUGGUCAAGGAUUGAACAUUGGAACAUAUUAACAGUCCAGGUGUUCUGUUACUUC